UCUUGCCUUUAAAAUGAUUAAAGCUAAAUUGUUUGCAUAUGAUAUUAGUUGACAAAAAAUGUUUACUUAAAGUAUAAUACCAGUGUUAUCUUCAGAGUGAGAAACAAAUACUUGUCAAGAUUUAAGCCUAUCGCAAAAUCUGAAAGCGCCCUUUUGCCGUUUUAGUUUCCAAAUAAAAUUAAAGACAAUCAUUGUCAUUGUCAAUCAAUAUCAAAUAAACCGUUCAGUCGCCACCAGCACUUAUACUUAAGGCUUAAGGUAUUAGUAUUAGUAUUAAUAAUUAAUUCAAUCAGUGAUUUUCCGAAACACCAAAUCCAAACAGACACUUUCAAUCAGACAGUGACAAUAUUGAAAGUGGUGUGGUAGUGAGUAAUUGCAGUGAGUCGAGUGACAAACUUGAUCCGAAGAAAGAUGGCUUCGAAGGCAACACUGGUAAGUAAUAACAUGUAUCACUAUCACGAAUUAGCAGUUGUCCAAGAAGACGUAGUUAGUAAGUUAUUAUUUAUUAGUAUAUUAUAAUGUAUAGGCCUAGUAUUAGGUACUUUGAUUACUUUGAAAGAAAUUUUAACGAAGUGGCUAUUCGGACCCGGCUACCAGAAGCCAGAAGUGAUGUUUGGAUUAAAAAAAUGUUUAAAAUAUUAUUGUUGGUUAAGUCUGAUAAAAUUUGGUAUCCAAUGAAAGAUAAUUGAAUGGACUAUAUGUUUGUAAAAUUAAUUCUUCAGUUAUACUAAGUUAUACUAAAAUAAACUACCACAAAUGACAUCCGAAUAGCAUUUAGUCAAAAUGGAACCGGAUAUGCCAUGCAUCACCGCUAUUCGGACUGAAGAAUUAGGUUUACAAACAUAAAUCCAUUCAAUUAUCUUUCAUUUGAUACCAAAUUUUGUAUUAGAAACCCAACAAUAUUUUAAAUAUUUUUUAAUAAACCCAACCUCUCACGUCUGAUACCGGGUCCGAAUAGCCGCAGCCAAAUUUUAAUUAUUUGUGUAAUAAUUUUAAAUAAUGGAAUAAAAUAAAUAUAUUAUAUUAAAGGGAUAGCUAUUUUUAAGUCACUUACUUUGUAGCUCUCCAAAAACACCAAUUUCAUAUUUCUAUUUAAAAAAAAAAUAUGAAUAGAACCGAAGUUACGAUAAUGCUUAUUUAAAAUAAUUAUAAGCCGCUUAUAAACUUAUAGUUAUAAUAAAUAAUAUAUUUGACCCCAAAAACUUUUGAUCUACAUUUCAGAUGUCUGCACUAGUUUUCCCAACAACCUUUUUUAUUUUUAAAAAUAAUUGCAUCAACCUUAUCUUAACCUUUCAGAAGACAGGAGACAUUCAUUAUUAUUAUUAGUAUUAUUAUUAUUAUUAGACAUUCACAACCUAAUUAUACAACAUAAUGAACAAUGAAACUUUUUGCAUUACUAUUUGUAUUUGGAUAGUUUUUUUUUGGUAUGUUAAAAAUAUCUUAGAAAAAAAUUAUUUGUAAAGGCAAAAACAAAAAAAAAUAACAUGUUGAUUGUAUUUUAAUUAAAUAUAGGGUCUAUGCUUAAGUUAAAAAUUUAAAUAUACUCUUAUAUUUUAUUUGUUAAAAGUAAGUAGAUUUAAAAAAAAAAAAUAGAAUUGAAUGCAUGGGAUUAUAAAUUAAAAACAACUAAAAUCUACCAUAAAACUUAUAUGAGCAUACCAGUACUGGUAUGUGAUUAGAUUUUAAAAGGUAAUGCCAAUGGAGAUUUCCUGGCUGUCAUUUCCUAUGUAGUCUGCUUUACAGAAUUCUUGGUCUUUUUGAUGAAUCCACAAUUUUUCCUUCAUAAACUUUGAAUAUACCAUCUAUGUCUUCUAUGUUCAAAUCUGUAUCAUGGCAAUGAAAAGGAAUUAUGCCGAUGUCUUCAAUGAAGAAUUAAAGUUUUCUCUUGUAACUGAAAGAAAUAAAAUCUUAUCAUAAUCCUAAAUCUGGACAAUAUCUCAUUUCUUUUCAAUAUUAAUAUAUUCAAGUUUUUUUUUGUUGUAAAGCUCAUUUCUUUUCUUUAUUAGACAUAUUAAAUAUUUGUCGAUGUAAACUAUGUGCUAAUAAAAUGUAAUUACUAUGAUGAUGUUAAGUCUUAUUUAUUUAUUUGAUGUCCUUUAUUUAUAUUAUACCUCAUUAAAACUUUAAAAAAUACUAAUUUAAAUUAGGUCUGUAUUUGCAGUUGUAGCAAUAGAAUAGUAUUAGUUUAUUAGGUUUAGACCUAUAAAAUGUUAAUAAAGGCAUAGGCCUACUAUAACUACAUUUUAAAUUGCAUGUCUAGUAAAAGUAAGUGGAAGUAAGCUUAAAUUAAAUUUUGUGUAUUGUAUCGAUUUCUGUUUUCUAAAAUAACAUUUCCAAAUUUGCUUAGAUUUAUUCAAAUAUUUAGAGAUUACAGAAUAUUAAAACUUUCUUAUGAUUGAUAUUGAGAGCCAAUUCUAUUUCUGGUGAAGAUUAAAAAAAUGACAACAUUUUUUUUUUUCUGUCCAGUGAUGGGGUAUGUGUUAACACCUUAAAGGGCCAACAUUCAAGUGAAUAGGGUAAAUGGACAAUAUUAAAGUUAUCACCGAUCCAAUUUAGAUGGUAAACAACAUUUUUUAAGUUCCAAUAAUGUUAAGUUGCUGAAAAAAAAGUAUUAAGGACAUUGAUAGCUUACAGAAUGGUCGAAGUGACCCAGGGAAAAUUGGGUUUUCAUCUUGGUUAAAUUGUAUGACAAAUAUUUUACUUCAUUGAUUAAUUAAUUUAUUAUUAUAAAACUGUGUCAUAGAGCACACAAAGGCUAAUGUUAUAUUAUUAGUUAAGUAAGUCUGUAAUCUAGACAUUCAGCUUGGGCUAUUCAAUAAUCAUGUUUUUUGGGUCUGAAGUUCUAUUUUACUGGAAAUCCUGCUGUGGACAGUGGAGAGAAGCCUACCUAACUGGGUUUUUGUGGUAAAGAAUGAGAGGGUGGGCAUUUGGGUGAUUUUGUUUUCUUUUUGAUGUGCCAGACUGAUAUUCUUAUUAUUAUUAGUGGUGGUUUUAUAUGGCGCGGUACCCCAGCCUAGGGCUGGGCUCACCAUGCUGUACAUACAAUUUAACAAACAUAAUCAUGAAAUUAAAAAUUAACAUACAUUAAUUAAAUACAACAAAACAAAUUGAUAUUCACUCCAAAAAUUCAAGAACUAUUUACAUGUCAAGCCAUGGACGGCUAACCAGCAGCAUCGUUUAGCGGUCAGAGGGGGGUGGGGGGAAUCAAUCAGGAUAGUAGAGUUUAAAGAGAUGUCUUUUGAGUGCAGUUUUGUAGGCUGUGAUGGUCAGUAUAAUGCCGAUGUGAGGUGGAAGAGAAUUCCAUUGUUUAGGGGCACAGAAAGAGAAAGAUCGUUCAUAGUAUGUUUUUGUGCCAGUCUUGGCGACAGAAAGAAUACGCGCAUCUGUGGAGGAGCGAAGCUGUUGAAGGGGUAAAUAGACAGAGAGAAGUUUGGUUAGAUGGGAAGGGUAAGAAUUCGAGAAAAAGUCGUGGCAGAGAACAGAGAGUUUGAAGUCAAUCCUUGCGUGUAAAGGGAGCCAAUGAAGUGAAUGCAGUAGUGGUGUGAUGUCAUCACAUUUUUGUGCCUUUAAAAUUAGCCUAGCGGCUAAGUUUUGAACCUUUUGUAAUUUUUCUAAUAAAUGUUUUGGUGAACCUGAUAGAAGAGAGUUACAAUAGUCCAGACAAGAGAGAACAAGAGCACAGACUAGGGUUUUUGUUGCAAUAACUGUGAGGUAGUGGCAGAUGGAGCUGAUCUGACGAAUAGCGGUGUAUGCAGAGCGACAAAUGUGCAUAGAGAUGCAUAUUCUACCAGGUUCACAUUUUGUCUUGGACGGAUGGGCGGCUUAAGCAACAUAAAUCAGAUGAGAUAUGGAAUCUAUGAGUACUCAGCUGUGGUCCAACAACAGUACUUCAUUGAUCCAAAUGACACUGAGGUCCACACACAGAAUGUAGAAAACAUGUGGAUGCAUGAAGCGCAAACCAAAUAAACAGUUUGGUACCAGCCUCACUCUUUUUCAUUAUUAUUUGUAUGAUUUCAUGUUUCACAAUUAUCUUGGAACUUAUGCAUAAACUCAAAAUCUGUGUCCUUACAUAUUACAGUCGAACUCCCUUAAUCUUUACGUCGGUUAACUCGCAAAAAGGCGGCCAAAAUUGCCACUUAACCUCGGUUAUCUUGAUCCCCAUGACCAAUCACUGGCUUUUGAACUCCGCAAGAAGAAAUAGCAAACAACAAAUAAACAAGUUUUGCAUAAUGAAAAAUAAUUAUUUAUUUCCCAAAAUACAGGACCUGCAUUUUAGAAUGACCCUAGAAGUAAUUUAAAUAAAUAUGUUUUAAUUCGUGGUUUAAAAACAUAUUAUUAAUGAUCAUAAUUUGCUGUGUGCAAAACGUUGUCAUGGGCAGAUAUUCACGGUCACUUGCAUAAUGGCUAUGCCGUGGUACUACAUCAGAGGUUUAUUCAUAAAAGUUUGAUGUGUGCCAAAGCUAUUAAACCCUUGGUCAGGGAAAGCUUCAAUUAAAUAGUCAUGUGCCAAAGUUGAAAGUUCAAAAUAAGUGGUCCCUAAAUAGAAUUUUAGUAAUAAGGGGAUGCGUUGCAUUAUAUAAACUGUAUAGUCUUUGCGCAAGACACGAUCAGCAGAAUGAGGCCACAAAAUGUGGAGGCUUUGUCCACAGUAGAAAAUACCAAACAAACUUGGACUUUAAAAAUUCGUAGCUCAAAAAGUACGAAAGUUAAAAAGUUGAUUCCGGUUUAAUUUUUUAAAUUUGAAAUUUCCUCUCAAUAACUUUAAUAUUUUAAAAAUUACAGAAAACUAAAAGGUGGCCUAUAAAUCUUCCUCAGCAAAUGCAGUGAGAUUGAAAAGUUGUAUUCAUUGUUCUUAUUGCUGCAGCAGAAACCAUUGACUUUUGAGUGUUAGACCUCAGUAUCAGCCUAUCAACAUAGUCAAAAAGUUCAUUUUAUCCUGUUUACUUAUAUAAUCAGCUGUUAUCUUGACCCCUCUUUACAACACAAAUGUUAUCUUCUACUGGCUUGAAACGUUUAUUUAUGAAUCACUGAAGUAGUCUCAAGUGCUGGUUUCAGAACACAUUAUUGCAAAAGGUACACUUAAUUUGAGUAUGUAUUUCAAAAUGCAUUUACACACUAGUUUAAAUUUUUUGAUACUUAAAUUGUAUAAUAAUAGUGUAUCAAGUUGGUGUUUUAAAUUUUACUAGCUGUUUGAUAAUGACUUAUGUCUUAUGUAGGUGCUUUGAGGUUAUUAAAAAUAUCCUCGUGCAGUUCAAAUUUGAGAACCCUUGUCUAGAUCGAGUUUCAGUAAAACUUUAUUUUACUGAUUUAUUGAGUGAAUAUUUUUUGACAUUUCCAUUUCUCUUUAAUUAAACACAUUUCCAUUUCUCUUUAAUUAGACACAUGUCCAUUUCUCUUUCAUUAGACACAUUUCCAUUUCGCUUUCAUGAGACACAUUUCCAUUCCUCUUUAAUUAGACACAUUUCCAUUUCUCUUCAUUUAGACACAUUUCCAUUUCUCUUCAUUUAGACACAUUUCCAUUUCUCUUUCAUUAGACACAUUUCAAUUUCUCUUUCAUUAGACACAUUUCCAUUAUUUUUUAAUUAGACACAUUUCCAUUUCUCUUUAAUUAGACACAUUUCCAUUUCUCUUUAAUUAGACAUUUUCCUGGCUCAAGUGCAAGAUUUUACUUAACUCACACCCAGCAUCAUUUGUGCGGAUUUAUUCAACUCAAACAUUUGUGAAAGAUUUAAUUAUUUUGAAGUUUAGAUAUGUUCGCAAUCUAAGUGGCUGCACAAGAAAAGAAAUUCCUGGGCAGGUAGAGGAACCAAUGUGUUCACCAUUACUUAGUUCAGACAAUAGAACCUAACAGAAUAAAUAGAAAAAGAAUAUGUGACUGCACUCAUUUGAGUGCAAUCAAGAUUUGUUUUCAUCCCAGGCAGUUUGGGAGUUGAAAAAUAACGGUUUAAUUUAACUAACAGGGUCAGCAGGAGAUCAUUUUAACUCCUUUUCUUUUCCCCAGGCAGGUGAAAUUGUUUCAGCUUAUCGAGAUGUGACCAGCUAUCCAACUCCAACAAGUGCAGACAUUAAUAUCAGUGAGGGUCAGGCAACUGUUGUCUUACAGACCCUUUGGUCACAGCAUGACCUGGACCGUAAAGAAAAAACGACUCUGCUUAGGUCUCAUACCAUCAACAUUGCUACGGGGAGUACUCUUGGAAAACUGGGACCACAGGAAGUGAAAAAUGAGUGAGUCUAAGACCAGAAAUUGUCUUGAUGUAAACAUCCUUGUCUAGUAGUGAGACCAGACAUUGUCUAGUAGUAUGAGUAUUAUCUGUUCCUAGUACCUGCUGUAAUCCAAAAUACUCCCAAAUGAAAGAGAAUUAAUCCAUAAGAAAUAUUUGAGAUUAAGCUGAAAAAUGAAAUAAAUUAUUUCAAAAUAGUUCAUAUAAAAUACAUUUUGAUACUUUAUUUUAAAAAAAUGUAAUUCAACGUAGUCAAAUAAAUUUAUUGUUAUCUUUAAUGGUGAGAGGAGAGGAAGAAAGUCAUUAUUAUAGGAUUACUUUCACUGUCAAUAAUACAUGUAGGGUGACUUUCACUGUCAAUAAUGCAUGUCCCCAUCACCACUUGUAUCAUAAAUCAGUCCUUAGCUACCGGUAUUGUUCCAUCAUCUUUUAAAGAGGCGAUCGUCACUCCACUAUUAAAGAAAUCAAAUCUUGACCAAAAUGUGAUGGAAAAUUAUCGCCCCAUCUCAAACCUACCAUUUAUAUCCAAAAUAUUAGAAAAAGUCGUUCUCCGCCAACUCCUGGAUCACCUCAUUCAAUAUGACUUGUUUGAACCAUUCCAAUCAGCAUACAGGGCGCAUCACUCUACUGAGACAGCUCUGUUGCGCGUCGUAAACGACCUUCUGUCAUCUUGUGAUGAGGGCCAGGUAUCGAUUUUGUCUUUACUCGAUCUAUCGGCAGCUUUUGAUACGCUUGAUCACGGCAUACUGCUCCAGCGUCUGCAAAAAACGUUAGGUCUCACUGAUAUCGUCCUGAGUUGGUUCCGAUCAUAUCUGACUAAUCGGGUCCAGUGAGUUAUUUCAAACGGCCUGACUUCGAAGAAAUCCAAUAUCGAAUUCGGAGUACCCCAGGGCUCGGUCCUAGGCCCGGUGCUUUUCACGACGUACAUUCAGCCCCUGGGCGCAGAGAUCAAUCAGUUUGACAUGCAAUACCACAUGUUCGCAGACGACACUCAAAUUCAUCAAUCCGUGCUCCCCUCUAAAUUCCCUCAGCUGCUCACUAUGACACAGAAGACAUUUGAAUCAGUUAAGCUUUGGAUGACCAUAAACAAGCUCAAAUUGAACGAUGAUAAGACUGAGGGUAUUGAGUUAGCUGAAACAGUGCGGUACCUGGGUGUCUACCUAGACAGAAGACUUACCUUGGAAAGUCACAUUAACAUGCUAUGCAAGGCGAUUUUUCUAGAGCUGCGCAGGAUUAGCCACAUCAGGCCCUUCCUAACAAUUGAUGCAACAAAGAGGCUGAUGUCUGCAUUUGUGCUAUCACGCAUGGACUAUUGCAAUUCUCUCAUGGUGGGUCUUCCAGCUAUGCUCCUUGAUAAAAUUCAGAUAGCACAGAAUAAUGCGGCUCGAAUUGUUCUCCGCAAAAGCAAGUUCGACCAUGCAAAAACACUUCUGAGAGAGUUGCAUUGGCUGCCGGUGCGUGCUCGCAUAGAGUACAAAAUCGCAACUUUGUGCUACCGCUGUCUACAUGGCCUGGCGCCGUCCUAUCUGAAAGAGCUGCUUACGCCUUAUGUACCCUCUAGACAACUCCGCUCAUCCGACAGUGGCAAACUCUUGACACCACGUGUUCGCCUUGAGACUUGCGGAAAGCCCACUUUCGCAUUUGCUGGUCCAACAAUUUGGAACACCCUUCCACUCGAUCUCAGAAACAUCCAGACACUGGAGUCCUUUAAAACCGAUUUAAAGACACAUUUAUUUCGCAAAUACCUUCUGGGAUGAUUGUCUACCAUAUUUUCCAUUUAAUGCAUAUUAGCUGUGUUGCUCACGGUUGAAAUGGGUUGAAAGACUUUGACAUUGUAUGCUUGUAAUUAGUUUUUGUAGUGUUGCGUUUGUUUUAAAUGUGGUAAAUUAUAGAUUUGUUUUUUGUUGACUUUGUACCGCGCUUCGAGCCUUUGGGGAUGAAGCGUGUUUUUGAAAUGAACUUUAUUAUUAUUAUUAUUAUUAUUAUGUAGGAUUACUUUCACUGUCAAUAAUACAUGUAGGAUUAUUUUCACUGUCAAUAUAGCAUGUGGGAUGACUUUCACUGUCAAUAAUGCAUGUAGGAUUACUUUCACUGUCAAUAAUAGAUGUAUGAUUACUUUCACUGUCAAUAAUACAUGUAGGGUGACUUUCACUGUCAAUAAUGCAUGUAGGAUUACUUUCACUGUCAAUGUAGCAUGUGGGAUGACUUUCACUGUCAAUAAUGCAUGUAGGAUUACUUUCACUGUCAAUAAUACAUGUAGGAUUACUUUCUCUGUCAAUAAUACAUGUAGGGUGACUUUCACUGUCAAUAAUGCAUGUAGGAUUACUUUCACUGUCAAUAAUACAUGUAGGAUUACUUUCACUGUCAAUAAUACAUGUAGGGCGACUUUCACUGUCAAUAAUACCUGUAGGAUUACUUUCACUGUCAAUAAUACAUGUAGGGUGACUUUCACUGUCAAUAAUGCAUGUAGGAUUACUUUCACUGUCAAUAAUGCAUGACAGCUCUCUUUUUGUCAAUGGAAUAUCUUUCUUUAACAAAGUAUCUACCCUUGCUGUGGUCUACCUUUUCAAUCUUAUUCUUAAUAGGGACCAUUGUUUCAGUGUAGCUACUAAUAACUAAAGAACAGUCACUUCACUUGGACCCAACACACUUGCGUUGACAGCACUAUAGUAAAUACUACUUGUAAAAACAUACGCUAGCCUGCAUUUUGAAAAUACGAUUGAGUCACGCUGACUGUGACCCAGCACAGGAGAUGAGUGACAGUUGUUUCGGUCGGCGAUCAUGUGAUGCAGUCACAACAGGCUCUUAUUGUGAGACAUUGCUUGAAUAUCAAAUCAAAAUUUAUGAAAGAAAAUUUGCUCAGUGAGUAGCAUAAGAUGUUAUUAAACAAUUUAAUUCAGUAAUGAAUAUAAAUUGCUUCCAUAAAUAUCUAUCAUUUUCAGGUUGUGGAAUAAAGUUUCACCUUCUGGUAAACUGAGAGCUGUAGUUCGAACAGGGAAAGACAAGCAAAAUGAAGAUAAACAUUACAUAGAAGUAAGUUGUGUCCCUUAUAUUCUAGGUUUACCAGCUGGACUUGUUUAGCUGGACUGUUGUAGCUUAACUGUUGCAGCUGGACUGUUGUAGCUGGACUUGGACAUUUAUUUGACUCUGAGAUUAAUAUAAGAAUUUGUUCCCUUUUUGAAUAUUUAAACUAAAUUUACUAAUUGGUUAAAAUAGAUGAACUGACUUCACCUCUUAAUAUGACAUUAAGGGUGACUACUUGGCUGACCAGUAAUGUUAUCAUCUCUUAACAAAUGGGUUAAUGAACGGGUCUAGCAUAUGACUGAAUGCUUCAUAGUAAGUGCCGUGAAAAGUUUUAAUUAGAUAAAUCAUUAUCUAUAUUAAGCAAUCUAGUUGAAAUUUUAUUUGAAAUCAAUGGGUGAUACAAGCAAUAGUGAAAUAGUGGGUGAUGUUAAGUGACAUAGUGAAAUCGAUGGAUAAUGUUAAGUGACAUAGUGAAAUUAAUGGGUGAUGUUAAGUGACAUAGUGAAAUUGAUGGGUGAUGUUAAGUGACAUAGUGAAAUUGAUGGGUGAUGUUAAGUGACAUAGUGAAAUUGAUGGGUGAUGUUAAGUGACAUUGUGAAAUUGAUUGGUGAUGUUAAGUGACAUAGUGAAAUUGAUGGGUGAUGUUAAGGGACAUAGUGAAAUUGAUGGGUGAUCUUAAUUGACAUAGUGAAAUUGAUGAGUGAUAUUAAGUGACAUAGUGAAAUUGAUGGGUGAUGUUAAGUGAAAUAGUGAAAUUGAUGGGUGAUGUUAAGUGACAUAGUGAAAUCAAUGGAUGAUGUUAAGUGACAUAGUAAAAUUGGUGGAUGAUGUUAAGUGACAUAGUGAAAUCAAUGGAUGAUGUUAAUUGACAUAGUGAAAUCAACGGGUGAUGUUAAUUGACAUAGUGAAAUCAAUGGAUAAUGUUAAGUGACAUAGUGAAAUUAAUGGGUGAUGUUAAUUGACAUAGUGAAAUUGAUGGCUGAUGUUAAGUGACACAGUGAAAUUAAUGGGUGAUGUUAUGUGACAUAGUGAAAUCGAUGGGUUAUGUUAAGUGACAUAGUGAAAUUGAUGGGUGAUGUUAAGUGACAUAGUGAAAUUGAUGGGUGAUGUUAAGUGACAUAGUGAAAUUAAUGGGUGAUGUUAAUUGACAUAGUGAAAUCAGUGGGUGAUGUCAAGUGACAUAGUGAAAUUGAUGGGUGAUGUUAAGUGACAUAGUGAAAUUGAUGGGUGAUGUUAAGUGACAUAGUGAAAUCAGUGGGUGAUGUCAAGUGACAUAGUGAAAUUGAUGGGUGAUGUUAAGUGACAUAGUGAAGUAUUCUGUACUGCUUUACUACUAGAUUAAAACAGAAAAUAUACCACACAAUAAUAAUAUUGAAAUAACACUGAAUUAAAUAAAUAGUCACUAACAUUUUCAAAUGAAUGGUCCUCGAACAUAAUAGAAAUAUCAUUGCAGCAAUAGUGUGUGUUCUGGGGAUUGAAUUACAGCCAACUAAGAAUAUUAUGUUUGCCAAUUAUUCAUAGGAACUUCCAAUUUUCAACACGUUUUUUUGUCCUAGUUAGGUGUUGCUUAUCAUAUACACAUUUAAAUUACAGCCCAGAUUUAUUGCAUUUUGUCCCUGUUUUUUGUUUAUUUGUUUGUUUGACGAAGUGUUGUUUUCAGAAUCUGUUUUAUCUCACAUCUCUAUUUAUUCACCAGAUAUUUGACUCUACUCGGAAGCUGAAGACCAUUGACAUCUUGGCUCUAGAAAAACAUGGCAAAAUUAUUGAUAAUGAUGGUGAGCUCCGUUUAUUCCAGUAAACAUCUUGUCUGUUUAUUUAGUAAACAUCUUGUCUGUUUUGUUUAGUAAACAUCUUGUCUGUUUUGUUUAGUUUAUUAAACAUCUUGUCUGUUUAGUUUAGUAAAUAUCUUGUCUGUUUAGUUUAGUUUAGUAAAACAUCUUGUCUGUUUAGUUUAGUAAACAUCUUGUCUUUAGUAGCUUUCAGUAAACACCUAAUGGAGGAAAUUAGCUGCACAUUGAAAACUUAAAUAAUUUGACUAUAAUUAUUUUUCCACAAGGAAAAAUAAAAGUUUUUAGGUAACUGCUGAAAUGUAAUAUUUUAAGAUAAAAUUUAAGAACAAUGCCAGACAUAUUCAUUGGCUGAGUUCCUUUCAUAGUUCUAUUUUCUGAAAUGUGACUUAUGAAAACAAUGUAAACAAUUUUUAACAACAUAUUUUGGAUAUACAAACACUAUAUUUGAACAUGCAACACUAUAAAAUAUUUAAGGCACCAUUAAAUCUAUAGUAUUAUGCAUCUUUCUAAUAUGGAGUUAUCAUUUAUCUUUUAGGUCAGUUUGGAAGUUUUGAGUGGUCCUCCUCUGAAGGACACCUGUUGUACCUGGCUGAGAAAAAGAAAGCCAAAACGGGCAGCUACUUUGAUCCCAAAGCUUACAAGGACAGCGGCAGUGGGGAUGACGACUUACCCAAUGAGAAACCAGACCUGGUCCGAAGGGUAGUUUCAUUUCUGCCACACUUAGAAAUACUUUGAUACAAGAAUAUCAUCUCUCACAAAAUAAUAUCUAUAAUGACAAUUUAUUGAAAUCUCACAAAAUUACAUUUUGUGUAAUUAAAUAUAGAUGGUACUGUAUUAAAGAUCUGAAACUUGAUCCAAUCAGUUCAUACUAAUUCACUUGCUGUCUGGAUUAACUUUAAUUUGUCAGCUCCCUUAGAUGUGCUGCCCUGUUGUUGCACUGUGUCCUGAAUAUGUUGCACUGUGCCUAGAAUGUGAUGCACUUUGUCCUGAAUAUGUUGCACUGUGCCUAGAAUGUGAUGCACUGUGUCCUGAAUAUGUUGCACUGUGUCUAGAAUGUGAUGCACUGUGUCCUGAAUAUGUUGCACUGUGUCUAGAAUGGGAUGCACUGUGUCCUGAAUAUGUUGCACUACGUCUAGAAUGUGAUGCACUGUGUCCUGAAUAUGUUGCACUGUGUCUAGAAUGUGAUGCACUGUGUCCUGAAUAUGUUGCACUGAGUUAUCCUAACACAAUGCUAAUUGGACAUGUCAAGAUGGUCAUCAAAAUAUCAAAAUCAAUGUAUGCGUGCAUGCUAAUGAGACUAUACAUGUUUAUCACUUUUAUUUAGGAAAUAAUAAUAAUUUUUUUCUCCUUCUUUUAGACAAAAUCUACUUUUAUUUUAUUCUGAAUUGUUUGAACACAGGGAGAUGAAUUUGAACAUAUUGAAACUUGGGGUGAACAGCUAACCGAACGUGUCCAUCCAGUUGUGUGUGUCCUUGACAUUGAGUCCAACACAGUCAGUGUUUUAGAGAAUAUUCCAGAUGAUGAGUCAGCCGGUCAGGUUUGUAUUACCAGAAAAUUAAUGCACACAUCAACAAACCUUAAAGCCUUUAUCAUUUUAAUCUUUUGAUGGGCAUAAUUCUUUGAUGGGGAUAAUUCUUAUAUGGGGAUAAUUUCUUAGAUGGCAUUAUUCUUAGAUGGGCAUAAUUCUUAGAGGGCAUAGUUCUUAGAGGGCAUAAUUCUUAGAUGGGGAUAAUUCUUAUAUGGUCAUAAUUCUUUGAUAGGCAUAAUUCUUAGAUGGCAUAAUUCUUAGAUGGGCAUAAUACUUAGAUGGGCAUAAUUCUUAGAGGGCAUAAUUCUUAGAUGGGCAUAAUUCUUAGAGGGCAUAAUUCUUAGAUGGGCAUAAUUCUUUGAUGUCUCCCAAACCUCCAACUGGUAGAGCUGCACUUGAUGGUGUAGUAUGGAGAAUACUGAAUGUACAAAACUAGUGUUCAGUGUUCAUCUUUAAAGUAAUGGCAUUUUCAAACCUGUGUUAACGUACUGCCAAUUUGACAUGAACUUGUCAUUUGAAGCCAAGUUGAAAUGAACUUGUCAUUUGAAGCUUUGUUGACAUGAACUUGUCAUUUGAAGCCAUCUUUACAUGAACUUGUCUUUUAAAGCCAACUUGACAUGAACUUGUCAUUUGAAGCCAUUUCACUUAUUGAACAACUGGACCAGGAAAACAAAGACCAACUUAGAAUUAGAUUAAACCAAUGAUAUGACAUGCUUAUAUCUAGGCCAUGUGGGGACCAGAUGAUGCCGGUAUUGUUGUCUGCACCUGGAAGCACUCCCCCUAUCGCCUUGGUCUCAAGUUCUGCUGCCAGAGAAAGUAAGUGUCUGAUUCUAGCUUCAGCUUUAAAAUAAGUUAAUGGUCAUGAUGCCUUACAAUUGCCACAUCAAUCUAAGCUAAACUCUACAUUGUGAUGUAACAAAGUCCCUGAAGAUAUUGUAUGGAUAUUUUAAGAUCAUCCUCCACAGGUGUUUUAAAGAUUAAUUAGUGAGGAGCAUAAAGUGGGAAAUUAUAAAGAAGAAAGUUUUUGUUUUAAAUGUAUAGUUUUCUGAAAAAUGGUUAAAAUGAUGUAUUAUCUGUUCAUUACAGGAGUGCUCUAUAUUAUCUGGACUUACAAAAGGGCUCAUUAGGUAGGCCUGCUUUCUUAUACAAAUCUUCUAUACAGUCAGCUACAUCUAAACCUUCUAUACUGUGGAGAGACCAGGCCUGGGUAGCCGACCUGGGGGUCCAGGGGUGAGGGAAUUCACUCAGUAUGACUGUCCAACUGUCGUAGGGUGUCAGAUGACACCAUGACGAAGCUAGUACUACCUUGAUGGUGACAGUAUUAUAAAUCAGGACAUUGGAAUGAAGAGGUGGGUGGCCAGCAUGGGCGCCCGCAGGCACUUGGCCCCCCCCCCGGAUUGAUUAGAUAAAAAAAAUUUAGACAAAAAUAGACAACAAAUUUAUCAAAGUAAGAGAAAAUAAAGAGAAAGUAACUAAGUUGAUGUCCUGUCUGUUCGUUGACCAUACAAAUACGCUACAGUAAAUUAAAACUAUAUUAAAACAUUACUAAAAAAUUUUUGCCCCCAGAAAGUUUUCUGCGGGCACCCAUGCUGGCCAGCAAAUGAGUACGGUAAUGUCAAGGCAAACCGAGGGUGGGGGAACUUAGGCAGGGCAGACUGGCGCCGUCCACAACUGUGACAGGUUAUGAGAUUGCACCAGAACGAGGCUAGUGUGACGGUGAUGGUGCUGGCAAGUUAAUGUUCAUUUAGACAGAGGGAAGUGUUCGGUUCAUUUUAGUACCAGAGAUGUAGAAAUAGAUAUCCCUGGGAAGGAAUCUCUAGAGACGCCACGACCUAUUUGGUUAUGGUUACUUAUAAUAGCGGACCGUUAGAUGGGGCUAAGGAGAACUCAACCAGGCGGGAAAGUAGACUGUUGGGGUAGAACUCAGCCGGACAGGAGUAAAGGACAGUGUGGAGACCACAGUAAAGAGACGUGCUGUGAAUGUCAGAGCUGAGUGUGAGACGAGUCAAAGUGAAUUGAAGUAGCAGAGAAAGACAAGAUCAAGGGCUGUAACCAUCGUCGAGUUGUCUGUUACUUGAUUGUUGAAAUACAAGUUACAGUAGGAUCAAAUGUUAUCAGCCAAACAACAAAAUAGAGAAAUGAAAGUAGAACAGAGACGAGCCAAGGUGCUCUACAAUACUAAGAAUCAAUUUUAAUAAAUCUUAAAUACAGUCUACACCUAAACCAUCUAUACCAAGAAUCAAAGUAAACAAAUCUUAUUUACAAUCAACUUCAUCAAAACCUACUACACUAAGAAUCAAAGUUAACAAAUUUGAUUAAAAAUCAAGUACAUCUAAACCUACCAUACUAAGAAUCAAAGUAAACAAAUCUUAUUUACAAUCAACUUCAUCUAAACCUACUAUACUAAGAAUCAAAGUUAACAAAUCUUAUUUACAAUCAACUUCAUCUAAACCUACUACACUAAGAAUCAAAGUUAACAAAUCUUAUUUACAAUCAACUUCAUCUAAACCCACUACACUAAGAAUCAAAGUUAACAAAUCUUAUUUACAAUCAACUUCAUGUAAACCUACUAUACUAAGAAUCAAAGUUAACAAAUCUUAUUUACAAUCAACUUCAUCUAAACCUACUAUACUAAGAAUCAAAGUUAACAAAUCUUAUUUACAAUCAACUUCAUCUAAACAACUAUACUAAGAAUCAAAGUAAACAAAUCUUAUUUACAAUCAACUUUAUCUAAACCUACCAUACUAAGAAUCAAAGUAAACAAAUCUUAUUUACAAUCAACUUCAUCUAAACCUACUAUACUAAGAAUCAAAGUUAACAAAUCUUAUUUACAAUCAACUUCAUCUAAACCUACUAUACUAAGAAUCAAAGUUAACAAAUCUUAUUUACAAUCAACUUCAUCUAAACAACUAUACUAAGAAUCAAAGUAAACAAAUCUUAUUUACAAUCAACUUUAUCUAAAUCUACUAUACUAAGAAUCAAAGUUAACAAAUCUUAUUUACAAUCAACUUCAUCUAAACCUACUACACUAAGAAUCAAAGUUAACAAAUCCACCAAAGUUACAGAGCCCUGAAAUAUAUCCCUGGACGUAAGUGGUUUAUAUCAUGAGAACCCUUAGUUUGUUUGUACUGGCCCCUAGGCUUUUUCAACAACUUUACAUCAUGAGAACCCUUUGUUUGUACUGGCCCCUAGGCUUUUUCAACAACUUUACAUCAUUUAGAAUACAUUUAGAAUACAUUUGGAAUACAUUUUGGAGUAUGUUUGGAAUACACUUGGAAUACAUUUAAAGUACAUUUGGAAACAUUUGAAAGCCUAAUUUAAAUUACAGUUUUCUAUGUACUGAUGAAGGUACAGAAUAAAUAUGACAGUAGCUUACUGAUUACAAUGAUUAUGUCUUCAGAUGUACUGAUUUCAAUGACUGUGUCUUUAGAUUUACUGAUUUCAAUGUCUGUGUCUUAAGAUGUACUGAUUUCAAUUAUUGUGUCUUCAGAUUUACUGAGUCAAGAUGGACGCGCUGUGAGAUUUCCCCGCUUCAGCCCUGACAUGAGUAAACUUAUUUAUCUGGAUGUACCUGAAGGAGGGCCCCACAACCAAUGUGCACGUCUUGUCAAGGUGAGAAUCACUGGAACUACACUUACCUCAUGUCCUCCAUUUUUUAUCAAAUCUAAUGAAACUCUUACAGCUUUUAGUUACAAUUACCAAAGUUUUGGUGCAUGCAGAUAUAGAAUUCUGUGAAUCUGUCUGCUUCUUUCAUUGUUAAAUUUAAUGGUUAAUUUCUUGAUCUAGAUUGACUGGGCAACUCGCAACCGACAAGUUGUUGUUGAUGAGGUGAAACAUGCACCUGGUGAGAACUAUCACUAUCUCUUGUUUUUAUGCUUAGCUUUUCACUCUUUCUCUUUAACUACUCUUUACUUUUCUUUACUUUCUCUUUACUUUUUCUUUACCUUCUCUUUACUUUCUCUUUACUUUCUCUUUACCUAUUGUGUGCAGUUAUACCAACUGCGUGAAUUACAUGUAUUUGUUAAAUCAUUUGUUCUGUUGUAGAAAGAUUCGUAUUCUUAAUUCACUUAUCAGUUAAUAUAAGACCUCUUCUUUCAGAGAAACUAAAUUAGGGCACACUGAAUCAUUUUUGCAUAAUUUUAUUAAGUAAAAUUAAAUCACUUUGGAUGUAUAAAUAGUUUUAUUGGGACUGGGAAAUGUUGAAGCCAUCCAAUGAUAAUCCACGACUAAAUGUUUCAUUUAUUUUUAGCUUUCAUUUCCUUUUAAAUUUAUAUUAAAAUCAUGUCUGUCGUAUUAAAUCUUUUCUUGCAUUAAGUACUUAAGUCCGUCCAAAGGCAGACACAAAUUCAGUAGACAAAAGGUUGAUCCAAGAAUUUAGUCCUUUUAAACGUUAAAGGUAUCCCAAUCAUCAUUAUACAGGUAUCCCAAUCAUCAUUUUGGAGGUAUCCCAAUCAUUAUUUUAGAGGUAUCCCAAUCAUCAUUAUACAGGUAUCCCAAUCAUUAUUUUAGAGGUAUCCCAAUCAUCAUUAUACAGGUAUCCCAAUCAUUAUUUUAGAGGUAUCCCAAUCAUUAUACAGGUAUCCCAAUCAUUAUUUUAGAGGUAUCCCAAUCAUCAUUAUACAGGUAUCCCAAUCAUUAUUUUAGAGGUAUCCCAAUCAUCAUUAUACAGGUAUCCCAAUCAUUAUUUUAGAGGUAUCUCAAUCAUUAUUUUAGAGGUAUCCCAAUCAUUAUUUUAGAGGUAUCCCAAUCAUUAUUUUAGAGGUAUCCCAAUCAUCAUUAUACAGGUAUCCCAAUCAUCAUUAUACAGGUAUUCCAAUCAUCAUUAUACAGGUAUCCCAAUCAUCAUUAUACAGGUAUCCCAAUCAUCAUUAUACAGGUAUCCCAAUCAUCAUUAUACAGGUAUCCCAAUCAUCAUUAUACAGAUAUCCCAAUCAUCAUUAUACAGGUAUCCCAAUCAUUAUUUUAGAGGUAUCUCAAUCAUUAUUUUAGAGGUAUCCCAAUCAUUAUUUUAGAGGUAUCCCAAUCAUUAUUUUAGAGGUAUCACAAUCAUUAUUUUGGAGGCAUACACAUUUUAUUUUUUUACUUAUUUUUUAAUUCUCAUUAACUGACCUUGUCUUUUCAGAUUUGGAGUUUCCAGGUAUUUACACAUACAACCUGGCCAGACAGGUUUGGUUUGAUGACAACAUCCACAUUGCCAUGUCAACGAGCUGGAGGAGUAUCAGUGUAUGUCAAAACAAGUUGUAUUAGAGCAGUGGUUCUCAACCUUCCUAAUGCCGCGAUGCUUUCAUACAGUUCCUCAUGUUGUGUUGACCCCCCAACCAUAAAAUAACUUUCGUUGCUUCUUCAUCAUCCAGCCAUCCCUGUGGCGCUACAGCCCAUGUAGGGCUUUGGCCUGCCUCACUACUUCCUUCCACUCAGACCUAACUGAAGCUUUUCUUUUCCAUGCUUGGAUUCCCAGUUGUUAUAGAUCAUUUUCCACAUCAUCCAUUCAUCUAAGCCUAGGUCUGCCUAUGAGCCGUUUUCCUCUGGGUUUUGGUGAUGCACCCUCUUUACUCUUCAGUCAUUUGGCCUUCUCUCUAAGUGCCCUGCCCAGCGUAGCCUGCCAUUUUUUUAUUUCUGCUACUAUCAUGAGGUCCUGAUAUAGACUGUACCAUUCAUGGUUGGUUCGUAUUCUCCAUCCAUAUUAAUCCUUUGUUGGUCCAUAUAUUUCCUGAGCACUUUUCUGUCCCAUGUGUAAUAGUUUUUCUGCCAUUUUUGUUAGGGUCCAAGUUUACUUGCAUAUGUUAUAACUGAUCUGAUCACAGUUUUAUAAAUAGUUUUCUUUGUUUCUCUUGUAAUGUUUUUACUUUUGAGUAUUUUCUGACUCAUGAAGUAUGCCCUGUUUCAGGCUGAUAUUCUUUCUUUUAUCUCUGUUAGUAAUUUGUUUAUUUCAUUUAAUAAAGAUUCUAGAUAUUUGAAUUGAUUUACUUUUUGAAAAGUGUGGUUUUUAAUUUUAAUGGCUUCAUCUUCAAUUUCCAGCCCUGCUUGUAGUGAUGUGUCAUCUAAUUCAAUAAAGGAUUUUGAUAUGUCUUAAAUACUUUUCCCUCGCAGUACUAUGUCAUCAGCAUAUGCAAGAUACUGAAGGGGUUGAUUGUAGAGAGUGCCCUUUGGUUGUGGGUCUUGGGUCUCCCUCAGAAAGUAUCCUGUUAUUGUUCGUCUGGUGUCAAUAUGUAUGUUUGUAAUAACUCUCUCUAAUGUUUGGUUAAAUAGCAUACAAGACAGUGAGUCUCCUUGCCUUGUCUUCGGCCUCGUCUAAUCUGAAAUUCCCUUGAAUAUUCUCCUUGAACCUUGAGUUGGUUUAGUGUUUAUGUUGUCCUUCUGAUUUCCCUUUGUAACAUGAUCAUUCGUUCUCUGUUCCUAUCUUCGUCUGUCUCUCUGUAUUCAUUUUCAAACCAGCUUACUCUAUUGUUAGUUAGCUGAAAUCCUACUACUUUUUCUGUUGAUCUUUUAAUGGCAUUUCUCAUCCUAUCCCAUUUUUCAUUUAUGUUGUUUUCCCUGUUCACUUCUUCCUGUGAUACUUCAUUUUGGUAUCCUUUUGCAGUUAGUGGGUCUUUGGUAAGCUUUUGGUAAUCAUAACGUUUCUCUCUUUGAUUACGUCCAUUGUGAAUUAUGUUUAUUCUAUGCUAAUAUUUAACCCUUACAAGUAGAGAGUUAGAGUGUGCAUCUGCUCCUUGAUUGCUUCUUACAUCUAGUAUAUCUGAUCCAUGUCUCUGAUCAAUAAGAACAUGGUCAAUUGGGUUGAGGCUGAUUCCAUGCUGUGAGUUUCAAGUAACUUAAUGUAUAUUUUUGUGCGGAAACUUGGUGCUGCUACUGACAUCCCAUUUCCUAAAGUAAAGUCUAUGAGUCGGAUCCCAUUGUCAUUGGAUUUUUCAUGCAGACUUUCCUUGCCAAUAGUUGGCAUGAACACCUUUUCUUGUCCUAUUUUGGCGUUAAAGUCUCCAAUCACUAUUUUAAUAUCAUGUCGUGGUGCUUCUUCGUGGAUCUUUUCUAUUGUCUCAUAAAAGGAUUCUUUCUCCUGAUCUUCCAGAUAUUAGGUGGGACCAUGUACAUUUAUGAAUGUUAUAUUGAACAUUUUUCCUUGCACACACAAAGAACACAAUCUUUAAUUUUCUUGUUUGAAGCCUAUGACUGCACUGACUGCUUAUUUUUCUACUGCAAAUCCAGCUCCUAGAGUGUUAGUGUCUGAUUUUUUCCAUCAAAUUUCUUGCAAUACAGCAAUAUAUAUUUUAUAUUUAACCAGUUGAUUUACAAGGUUGGCUAAGGCUCCUGCUUUGAACCAGCUUAGUAAUAUGCAAGUCGCAAUCAGAAAAUCAUGUCCAAAUCCAGGCAUAGGUUGAUUUCCAUUGGUAUCAGUCUGGGUUUUAUUGGGUUGAUUGGCUUCCGUAACAUUGAUUUUUUACAUGGCUGGGUUGUAAACCCUGCACGCAACCAUCUGGGGGGCUGCCCCUUACAGAUCUCUGGGUAGCUGCCUUAGUUUUUCUCCUUAGCCCUUGCGGAUCCCUCCAUUUCCUACAAGGCAAUAGAUUCUGAUUUUGGUCCGCCCCGGGAAUUUUAUUUCCCCGGUACCCUCCAUAUUUGGUGGGCUUUCCAUUAUCCGCAACCUGGGGAGGCGCACGAUGGAAGAUCAGUAUCUUCGCACAAGGUUGCUUCUUCAUAAAUAAGUGUUUUCCAAUGAUCUAAGGCGACCCCUGUGUAAGGGUAGUUCGACCCCUAAAGAGGUCGCUACCCUCAGGUUGAGAACCGCAGUAUUAGAGGAUAUUAAUAUAGAAUUGAUGUAUUUGCAAAUAAGUUGUAUUAGAGGAUAUUAAUGUAGAAUCAGUGUAUGUGAAAACAAUUUGCAUUAAAGGAUAUUAAUAUUUAAUCAGUGUAUGUUAAAACAAGUUGUUUUAGAGGAUAUUAAUAUAGAAUCAGUGUACGUGAAAACAAGUUGUAUUAGAGAAUGUGAAAACAAGUUGCAUUAGAGGAUAUUAAUUAUUAUUAUAGAUUCAGUGCAGAGGCGUAGCUAGAGUGUUUUGUGCCCAGGGACAACUUUCAGUUUAAAGUGCCCACCUAACUAGCUGGUGCUCCUAACUAGCUGGUGCUCCUAACUAGCUGGCACCCCUAACUAGCUGGAGCCAUGGGACUUCUGUCCCCCCUGCCCUCCCCCCCCCCCUUUUCGCUACGCCUUUGAGUGCAUGUGAAAACAAGUUGUAUUAGAGGAUAUUAAUAUAGAACCAGCGUAACAAGCUGGUGAUAUUUCUCAACACUUUAAUCAUACAACAUUUUUAUAAAUAUCCUACAACAAAACCAGAAAGUAGUCAGAUCUUCAUUUUAAUGAUUCAAUCUUCUAUCAUAAAUCCUGUAAAAAAAAAUGCAAGUUGAACAUAUUUAUAUGUUUUAGAUUACAUAAAGUUUAACUUAAUGAACAAAACAAUAGUACAGAUGUUAUAUUUAUUGGUUUUAGUUUACGUAAACUUGAGUUUAAACAACAAAACUACUGCACAGAUCUUAUAUUUAUAGUUAAACAUUUAAAAAAAAUAAUUUUUUUUAUAUUAACUUGAAUUUAAUCAGCUAAACAAUUGUCCAGAUGUUAAAACCAAGUUGUUCAUGUUUCCCCAGGCUGUAAUUGUCGUCAACACCGAUAAUGGAAAGAUUACAAGACUUGAAGUGGACACUGCCGAUACACAAGCAAAUAUCAACCGUGAGUGUAUUUGUUAAAUAUGCUCUUUUCACAUUAAAUAAUAUCCGAAUAAUUGGUUCUAUAAAGGAGAUCAAAUUAUUUUAUACUUAAUAAAACAAAUAUAUCUGCGGAAUAAGUUAGAAAAUAAUUUAUGUAUAGGAAGUAAUUAAAACAUCAUUUAGUUAAAAUAAUUAAAACAUCAUUUAGUUAAAAUAAUUAAAACAUCAUUUAGUUAAAAUAAUUAAAACAUCAGUUAGUUAAAAUAAUUAAAACAUCAGUUAGUUAAAAUAACUAAAACAUCAGUUAGUUAAAAUAACUAAAACAUCAUUUAGUUAAAAUAAUUAAAACAUCAGUUAAUUAAAAUAAUUAAAACAUCAGUUAGUUAAAAUAAUUAAAACAUCAGUUAGUUAAAAUAACUAAAACAUCAGUUAGUUAAAAUAAUUAAAACAUCAGUUAGUUAAAAUAACUAAAACAUCAGUUAGUUAAAAUAACUAAAACAUCAGUUAGUUAAAAUAACUAAAACAUCAGUUAGUUAAAAUAACUAAAACAUCAUUUAGUUAAAAUAAUUAAAACAUCAUUUAGUUAAAAUGAUUAAAACAUCAGUUAGUUAAAAUAACUAGAACAUCAGUUAUUUCAAAUAAUUAAAACAUCAUUUAGUUAAAAUAACUAGAACAUCAGUUAUUUCAAAUAAUUAAAACAUCAUUUAGUUAAAAUAAUUAAAAGCUCAUUUAGUUAAAAUAAUUAAAACAUCCGUUAGUUGUAAUAAUUGAAUUUGUUUUUCCUUCACUUUCUGUGUCAGCUCAAGCCUCCUAUGGAUUCCUCGGUGUAAAGAGAAAUGUAGUGAUGAUGUAUUACUCAACCCUCAAUCAGCCGUACAAUUUGGUGAGACUUUUUAAACAAGAUGAUUCAUUGUGUUGUUUUGGAAUGUUUUUUUUAAUGCUGAUUAUUUAAGUGUAAUCAUUGAAUUACUGUUGGAUGUCAUGAUUAAAUUUUGACUUCAUUUUCAAUCUUCUAUAGUGAUAACUUUAAUAAUUUGUAACCACUGACAGGCUCAGAAUAGUUGAGUCUUAAAUGAGCGGGGACUUUUCUGGAGUUGUCUGUCAUACAGCCAGGCCAACCAUAUUUGACAGAAAAGCCAGGAAAAAUUUAUUGGACAUUACGACUACAGUAAAAUAAUGAACAUUGCAGAAAAUAUUCUACUUUAUCUCUUCAGCUGUUGGCCCUUAUAAACGACCCAUUAUCUCUUCAGUUGCUGGCUCAUAUAAACGACCCUUUAUCUCUUCAGUUGCUGGCUCAUAUAAAUGACCCUUUAUCUCUUCAGCUGCUGGCUCAUAUAAACGACCCUUUAUCUCUUCAGCUGCUGGCUCAUAUUAAUGACCCUUUUUCCUUUCAGCUGUUGGCUCAUAUAAACGACCCUUUAUCUCUUCAGCUGCUGGCUCAUAUAAACGACCCUUUAUCUCUUCAGCUGCUGGCUCAUAUAAACGACCCUUUAUCUCUUCAGCUGCUGGCUCAUAUAAACAACCCUUUAUCUCUUCAGCUGCUGGCUCAUAUUAAUGACCCUUUUUCCUUUCAGCUGUUGGCUCAGGUCAAUGAUCCCAGUAACUUGUCCAGUAUUUCAUGGAUUUAUCCUGAUGAUCAUAUGGAGACACUGGACUGGUUGACUUUCAGUGUUCUGGUUCACAAACCUUCUAAGAGUAGAAUAAACCCAAAGUAUGGUAGGUACACUUCACAUCUGGAUUAAUCUAUCUACCUUCAUUAGUACUUUCAUUAUGUGUGGGUUUAUACAAAACAAUGGGGCAAAACAAAAUGUGAGUGAAAUUGCAAAAAUCCAGCUUUAUUAUAUUAUGGAUGUGAUGUUUUUAAAAGCACUUAAAGCCACACAGUAAAUUACAAUGACGAAUAGUCUCUGUUAUAUUACAGAAAAUGUAGACUAGGAACUUAUAGUUUCUAUCUCAUAUUACAGAAAAUGUGGACUAAGAACUUAUAGUUUCUAUCUCAUAUUACAGAAAAUGUAGACUAGGAACUUAUAGUUUCUAUCUCAUAUUACAGAAAAUGUAGACUAGGAACUCAUAGUUUCUAUCUCAUAUUACAGAAAAUGUGGACUACGAACUAAUAGUUUCUAUCUCAUAUUACAGAAAAUGUGGACUAGGAACUUAUAGUUUCUAUCUCAUAUUACAGAAAAUGUGGACUAGGAACUUAUAGUUUCUAUCUCAUAUUACAGAAAAUGUGGACUAGGAACUUAUAGUUUCUAUCUCAUAUUACAGAAAAUGUGGACUACGAACUAAUAGUUUCUUCUUCUUCUUCUAUAUCUUAAGGGCCCACGAUCAAUUUAUUCAUCAUUUUGGCUCCUAUGCAUGUAGAGGGGAUUUGCAAUGUUUAUGUGCCUGGGGCUGAUGAGGAUAUUUCAAUGAUUACAAGUGCUACUUUAUGAAGGAAUCAUGCAAUGGGGGUUGGAAGGCUUGAGGCAAUAGACACAAAUGUGUCUAGUGUUGCCUCAACUGUUCCUUUUGAAAGCUUGUUCCAGUCCCUGAUUGUCAAGGGCAGGAAUGAGCAGCUCCUAUACUGGCUUCUUGCUGGUAGGAGCCUGAAUUGCCUGUCAUGGCCUCGUCGCUGUCUAUGGGGAGAGGGACGAGUUUCUGUUUUAUACUGGAACAGUGGACCAGCCUAUUAUUUAUUUUGUACAUCAUGGAGACCCUGGAUUGUCGUCAUUGUUCCUCCAAAGGUGACCAGCCUAGUGUUUCCAGCAUACUGCCAACAUUAGAGGUAUUCCUGUAUUGGUUCAGGACAAAGCGAGCCGCCCGUCACUGGACUGCCUCCAACCUGUCAAUUUUCUUAUCAAUCUCAUAUUACAGAAAAUGUGGAUUAUGAGAGUAUUCUGUGUCUCCCAAAGCAAAGUCAAUCUGGUACAUUGCCUCCCCUAAUAGUUUUUUCGCAUGGUGAGUAAAAUGUUUUAAUGCAUCUCACUGGUACCUUUAGAUAUGGCUUCUACACUUAGAUAUUCAGCUGUACACAAAAACAUUGACCUGUACUCAUAGAUGACAUAAAGCAUAGAUAUUCACCUGUACACAUAAAUAUUGACCUAUACACAUAGAUACUAACCUGUAUACAUAGAUUAGACUUGUAGACAUAGCUACAUUUUAUAUAUAGUUAUAAUUGUUUCUAGUGUGCAGAUCAUUGUUUCUAGAUAUCAUUGUUUAUGAUUUCAGCUGACUGCUUUAUUUAAUCACUUGUUGUAUCAACAGGGGGACCCAACUCUGUGUUUGACACGUCAUUCAACAUUAUUUCAGCUUUUUUCUGUACAUGUGGAUAUGCUGUUUUAAUGGGUAACUUGUGUGUGGCCACUUAAUUAUGGCUGAUGUACGUGGCCACUUAAUUAUGGCUGAUGUACGUGGCCACUUAAUUAUGGCUGAUGUACGUGGCCACUUAAUUAUGGCUGAUGUACGUGGCCACUUAAUUAUGGCUGAUGUAUGUGGCCACUUAAUUAUGGCUGAUGUACGUGGCCACUUAAUUAUGGCUGAUGUAUGUGGCUGCUAGAUUAUGGCUGAUGUAUGUGGCUGCUAGAUUAUGGCUGAUGUAUGUGGCUGCUUGAUUAUGGCUGAUGUAUGUGGCUGCUAGAUUAUGGCUGAUGUAUGCGGCUGCUAGAUUCUGGCUGAUGUUUUAUGUGGCUGCUAGAUUAUGGCUGAUGUAUGCGGCUGCUAGAUUAUGGCUGAUGUAUGUGGCUGCUAGAUUAUGGCUGAUGUUGUAUGUAACUGCUAGAUUCUGGCUGAUGUUUUAUGUGGCUGCUAGAUUCUGGCUGAUGUUGCAUGUAGCUGCUAGAUUCUGGCUGAUGUUGUAUGUGGCUGCUAGAUUCUGGCUGAUGUAUGCAGCUGCUAGAUUAUGGCUGAUGUAUGUGGCUGUUAGAUUAUGGCUGAUGUAUGUGGCUGUUAGAUUAUGGCUGAUGUAUGUGGCUGCUAGAUUAUGGCUGAUGUUGUAUGUAACUGCUAGAUUCUGGCUGAUGUUUUAUGUGGCUGCUAGAUUAUGGCUGAUGUUGUAUGUAGCUGCUAGAUUCUGGCUGAUGUUGUAUGUGGCUGCUAGAUUCUGGCUGAUGUAUGUGGCUGCUAGAUUCUGGCUGAUGUUGUAUGUAACUGCUAGAGUCUGGCUGAUGUUUUAUGUGACUGCUAGAUUCUGGCUGAUGUUGUAUGUGGCUGCUAGAUUAUAGCUGAUGUUGUAUGUGGCUGCUAGAUUGUGGCCAAUGUUGUAUGUAGCUGCUAGAUUCUGGCUGACGUUGUAUGUGGCUGCUAGAUUCUGGCUGAUGUUGCAUGUGGCUGCUAGAUUAUAGCUGAUGUUGUAUGUGGCUACUAGAUUCUGGCUAAUGUUGUAUGUGGCUGCUAGAUUAUAGCUGAUGUUGUAUGUGGCUGCUAGAUUAUGGCUGAUGUUGUAUGUGGCUGUUAAUUGUGGCUGAUGUUGUAUGUAGCUGCUAGAUUCUGGCUGAUGUUGUAUGUGGCUGCUAGAUUCUGGCUGAUGUUGUAUGUGGCUGCUAGAUUAUGGCUGAUGUUGUAUGUGGCUGCUAGAUUAUGAAUGAUGUUGUAUGUGGCUUCUAAACUAUGGACGAUGUAAAUAAAUAACAGCAACAUAAUGAAAGUUGUCAAAAUAUAAUUGAUGAUUUAUAACUGACGUCAAUAUGUUGCAUCUAUGUGUUAAUAAUAUUAAGAAGGUUAAUCUUUAUUUUACCUGUCAUCUUAUGGUCUGAAUAAUUUAAUGCUGACUUUAUUUUUGUCAGUGAAUUAUAGAGGUUCACUCGGCUUUGGCCAGGACAGCAUCCUCUCUUUAACUGGCAAUAUAGGAACUCAGGAUGUCAUGGAUGUUGAGGUAACUUGUGGUGUUUUCUCUAUCUUUACAUCACUGGAAAAUAACAAGUCCAUAAGCACUAGUCCAUGAGUGCUCAAGUGAUAGGUUGGUUCAAUCAAGUUGUAGGUUGCUUUAAUCAAAUGAUAGGUUAUUUUAAUCAAGAGGUAGGUUAUUUUAAUCAAGUGGUAGGUCGUGUUAAUCAAAUGGUAGUUUGUUUUAAUCAAGUGGUGGGUCGUGUUAAUCAAGUGGUAGUUUGUUUUAAUCAAGUGGUGGGUCGUGUUAAUCAAGUGGUAGUUUGUUUUAAUCAAGUGGUGGGUCGUGUUAAUCAAGUGGUAGUCUGUUUUAAUCAAGUGGUGGGUCGUGUUAAUCAAGUGGUAGUUUGUUUGAAUCAAGUGGUGGGUCGUGUUAAUCAAGUGGUAGUCUGUUUUAAUCAAGUGGUGGGUCGUGUUAAUCAAGUGGUAGUUUGUUUGAAUCAAGUGGUGGGUCGUGUUAAUCAAAUGGUAGUUUGUUUUAAUCAAGUGGUGGGUCGUGUUAAUCAAGUGGUAGUUUGUUUUAAUCAAGUGGUGGGUCGUGUUAAUCAAGUGGUAGUUUGUUUUAAUCAAGUGGUGGGUCGUGUUAAUCAAGUGGUAGUCUGUUUUAAUCAAGUGGUGGGUCGUGUUAAUCAAGUGGUAGUUUGUUUGAAUCAAGUGGUGGGUCGUGUUAAUCAAGUGGUAGUCUGUUUUAAUCAAGUGGUGGGUCGUGUUAAUCAAGUGGUAGUUUGUUUGAAUCAAGUGGUGGGUCGUGUUAAUCAAAUGGUAGUUUGUUUUAAUCAAGUGGUGGGUCGUGUUAAUCAAGACCAUCAAACAAAAUUAGUUCACCACCCUCGUGUUAAUCAAGUGGUAGUUUGUUUUAAUCAAGUGGUGGGUCGUGUUAAUCAAGUGGUAGUUUGUUUUAAUCAAGUGGUGGGUCGUGUUAAUCAAAUGGUAGUUUGUUUGAAUCAAGUGGUGGGUCGUGUUAAUCAAAUGGUAGUUUGUUUGAAUCAAGUGGUGGGUUGUGUUAAUCAAAUGGUAGUUUGUUUGAAUCAAGUGGUGGGUCGUGUUAAUCAAAUGGUAGUCUGUUUUAAUCAAGUGGUGGGUCGUGUUAAUCAAGUGGUAGUUUGUUUGAAUCAAGUGGUGGGUCGUGUUAAUCAAAUGGUAGUUUGUUUUAAUCAAGUGGUGGGUCGUGUUAAUCAAAUGGUAGUUUGUUUGAAUCAAGUGGUGGGUCGUGUUAAUCAAAUGGUAGUCUGUUUUAAUCAAGUGGUGGGUCGUGUUAAUCAAGUGGUAGUUUGUUUUAAUCAAGUGGUGGGUUGUGUUAAUCAAAUGGUAGUUUGUUUUAAUCAAGUGGUGGGUCGUGUUAAUCAAGUGGUAGUCUGUUUUAAUCAAGUGGUGGGUCGUGUUAAUCAAAUGGUAGUUUGUUUGAAUCAAUUGGUAGGUUGUUUUAAUUUGACAUCCUUUAAUGUGGCCUGAGAUUACUCUCUUAUAGCCCUGGCCAAUAUUUCCGCGGCAUGUCUCAUCUGGUGGACGUCGCCAUAAAUCAUGUUUUCAAGGCUCUCUGUGACCUGACCCUCCGCCCCUGUUUCACUUCCAGGGCAGUCACCCUCUCGUCGGCCUUGUCACAAAAUCGGCAGUUGGGAUCCCUUCUGUCAUCAAAUCUAUUGAGGUACCUGCGCGUCGCACAAUGACCUGUCCUCAUUUGGGUGAUGAGGCUCUGCUCUCAUCUCUUAAGGUUCCACCAAGGAUUGCUUUUGCUCUGUCGCACAUUGUCACGGUCAUAUCGCAUGUUUAUGUUAUGUGUCUGGUUAAUAAUUGUUUCAGUGAGCAAUGAUGUUUUCUUUAGGGACUUCCCCGUGUGUCGCACCACUUUUUCUCAGCAAUGAAAGCGCUAUGACAAAUUUCCGGUGGUGCGAUAUAUUGGUGCGGGGAGAAUAUGAAUGCAAAGAAUCGUAAUGGACAUCAGGCUGUAUUUGUUUAAAGAAAUGAGUGACUGAUUUGCUACUAUAGUUCCUGGCAAUUCACUUGUUCCACAGAUGAAUAGUAUUGUUGCUGGUUGGUUUGUUAUGCAUUUUGUCUUGGCACAUUACAUAAAGAAUUAAAUUAUACAUUUUACUUCAAACUAUAUCGUUAAGUUCCUAUCAGAGAGAAAGAAAACGGAGUUUAGGCUCUGAUUGGAUAGUGUUGUUGUCUGUGGCCAUUGGAAGAGAGACCUACCCCUAGACAACAUUUCGCCACACACUUACUCUGGUAUAGCUGCUGUCCAGUGUCUCCUGCACCCCAGCCACUAAGCCUUUUUUCUCACAAAAAUUGUCUUUCAACCAAGCUUUGACCCACCAGCUGGGUCAUGGGUUUAUUGGGUUGCGGCUGAGCCAGUCCUUCUCGUGCAAGAUAGUCUGCCCUGUCAUUCUGCGUCACCCCAACAUGCCCAGUGAUAAACUGAAGGACUUUGCAUGGAUGCUACCUACUGUCUCCAGAAUGGCACUAACCAUCAGGGCCUCCUUCAAGCCCCUUCCCACACUCUUGAGAGCAGAGGGACGUGAGUCAGUGAAAACCAUGAUAUUGGGGACAUUUUUCUCUCUUCACCAGGCGUUUGUGGACUCUCUUAAGGGCGACCAGUACUGCUUCUAGUUCUGCAUCGAAGCCUGUUCUAUUCUUUCCACUGGGCCUGAUAGUUCCUUGGGUGGAGCUAUCGUGUGUGGAUAUUGGAUGAGAGCACCAUAACCACUGCGGUUUUCCCCGCGAAGCAUGAGCCGUCUGUAAAGACUUACCAAGCUGUGCUUUCAGUUACAGGAGAAGUGAGUAAAGAAAACCAGAUUAAAGAGACCUUCCUUCAUGGUCACGGUCUCGAGGGAGACUUGGUAUUACCUGAAAGCAAGGGUUAGGUUCACCUUACUAGUGUGCCGCGCCACGAGGAGGCAAACCCUCCGCCGACAGUUUCAUCUAGUGGUAGGUUGAAAAUUUAAUUCUUAUGAUGUGUUCACAUAUUAUCAUAGAGUUGUGAAAUUGAUUAUCUGACUUUGGCAUGCACAUGUGUUUGUUUGAUCUUUGUUUCAGAGUGCCAUGGUGGAGGUGAUAGCUAAAGGACUGGUUGAUGGCUCAAGGAUAUUUAAGUUUGGUGGGUCCCAUGGAGGAUUCCUAACAACUCAUUUGAUUGGACAAUAUCCUGUACGUUUUUUUAAACUGCAUUCUGAUUUGUUUGUGGUUUGGAGUGGCGGGGCCUUAUUAACAUUGGUUACAAUUAUAAAUAAGGGAUUUUUUAAAGCAAGUUUUUCUGCUUGGAUUGGAGUUUUUUUCUGUUUUUUGUUUGUUAUGUCCUUUGUUAAAAUUGUUUGAUUUUUAACCACAAACUGUCAAGUGCAGUCAUGCUGAGGUAUUAAGUAUGUUUUAGUAAGUUUGAUAUGUAUCACUAAAAUACCCAAAACUAAUAAGAAUUGAAUCCAGAGAGUGAAAAUAAGUUAAGAUUUUCUGAGAGUAAGUUGGACAAGGAAUCAUAUGGUAUGAAUUUUGGAAUUUUUAGAGCUAUGUGAAAUGAAUAUGACAAUACAGAAAACUAUAUCCUUUCAGUUAAGGAAAUAUAAAAUUAUUUGAAUUUAUAGAAAUUUUUAAAAAUAAAAAUAUAUUCAUUUGUGACCUACUAAUUUCUUGAUAUAAUGCCUAUGUAACAACUGUAUAUUGUAACCUUUGUAGAUGGAAGUUACUCAUACAAAGUUAGCUACAUCAGUGAGCUGCAUGACUUGCCGCUACUAAUUGAAUAAUUCAUUCCACUCCUCAAAAACUGUCUACUUUUUCUCUCUUAAGAAUAAACAACGUCCAAAUGAAUCAUAUACACAGCACUUUAUUACAUAUACUAAGUAAGUCAAAUAAUUCCUUGAUAUCAGGAUGUCUUUUUAACAAUCAUAGUUGCAAUGCAAAAAAUAUAUAUACAUAAACACACGUUCAGUAAUACUCCAUCUAACAUUAAUUCAAUAAUCCAUUAAAAAAAUUCAACAUGUCCUCUCACAUCCAAGAUAUCUUGUUCACUCCUGUGCUCUACUUAAAAAACAUGAAUUCUCCCAACGCUAUAAAAACUAGUCCUCCUUUUUCUUGUGUUUUACUUCAUUAUCAUCAAAUCACUACGCCAUUGUGCCGAGAGAAUAGAUAUUAGUGACGUGUGAAAAAUCAUAGUUAACUUUGUCUGUUACAGCCUGUUAAAACCUAUAGUAGCCAUUCUCAACUUCUUUCACAAAAGAAUUUAAAGUACUUGCUCAACUAUCGUAAUUAUAACUAGCAUAAGUGAUGCCGAAUAAAUUAUCUUCAAAAUCACUUUCAUUAAGAAAUAUUUUUGCAGGUCCAUCUGCGUCAUACAAGUUUGCUUUACAAAAAAUAUGGGGAAUGAUGGCGCAUAUCCGGGAGCAGAGUCAGACCGGGUCUUUCUUGCAUGUCUCUUUCGCUCUGCAGUCGCUGUUCUACCAACUUCAUGUUGUAUGGAGCUCCCGUGCAAAGUAGAACGCCAUGAAAUUCGAUCCUUUGCCUGUUCCUCUCACAUGUCUGGCUUUGUGUUGAACGCUUUCAUUGAGGCUUUUAUGUUGUCUUUUAAAGCGUUUUUUCUGUCCGCCAGCAGACCGCUUUCCUUGUUUAAGCUCACCAUAGAAAAUUCCUUUGGGCAGAUGGUCAUCUGACACUCUCACAACAUUUCCCACCCAGCAAAGCUGGGACUUCAUCAAGAUUGUGAAGAUGCUGGGGAGACCUGCCCGUGUGAGCACCUCAGUGUCUGGGACCCAGUCCUGCCAUUUAAUGUUGAGGAUUUUUCUGAGUCUUGUUGUAUGAAAGUGGUUCAGCAUUCUUGGUAGACUGUCCACGUCUCACAGGCAUAGAGAAGCGUAGGGAGAACAGCCGCCUGAUAUACCUUCAUCUUUUUUUGAGUGUUGAUACCUCUCCUGGUCCAUACGUUCUUAGUCAAUCUUCCAUAGGUUGCACUGGCUCUCGCAAUAUGGAGGUUAACCUCGUCAUCGCUGGUUGUGCUUUGGCACAAUGUACUGCCGAGAUAAGAAAAGCAUUUCACAACCUUAAGUCUUUCGCCAUAUACUUGGAUGUUGGGCUCAACAUAAGGUCUUCGAGGAGCUGGUUGGUAUAUGACCUCAGUUUUUUGUGUGUUAAUGGUGAGCCCGAAGUUUGUGCAGGCAAUAGAAAAGCUUGCGACGCAGCGUUGCAUAUUCUCUUCUGAUACAGCGUUUAGGGCACAGUUGUCUGCAUACAGGAGGUCCCUGAUGGUGUCUGUCAGGACCUUCGUUUUGGCAUGUAACCUCUUGGGGUUGAAUAGAUUACCAUCAGUUUGGUAUCUGAGGCCAAUGGCAGCGUCUCCCUCUCUGAAUGCACUGGUCAGCAUUGCGGAAAACAUGAGGCUGAAAAGUGUUGGGGCAAGUACACAUCCUUGUUUCACACCGUUAGUUACAGGGAAUGGUUUUGACGUCUCUCCAUUAUCCCAAACUCUUGCCUGCAUACUUUCAUGGAAUAGUCGUACCAUUGACACGAACUUUCUGGGGCAUCCAUAUUUGGCCAUGAUCUUCCAAAAGCCCUAUCUACUGACAGUGUCGAAAGCUUUGGUCAGGUCUACAAAAGUAGAGAAGAGGUCAACAUUUUGUUCCCUGCACUUCUCCUGUAGCUGUCUGGCCGCAAACACCAUAUCGAUGGUUCCUCCUUCCUUCCGGAAGCCACAGCAGCAGCCAUAGCAGCAGCCAUAGUAGCAGCCAAUGAUCAGCCAUUAUGACAGUUUUGGGUUAAACAUUUUGCUGUGUUGACUCAUUUACAUCAAACCCACUGACUUUACAGUGUUGAAUCGAUUGUAUCAAACCCACUGACUUGUUAUGGCAAAAUAGAAAUGAUCAAUCUGUUCUCUGUCCAGGACACCUUCAGAGCUGCAGCCACUAGAAAUCCUGUAGUCAACCUGGCCUGUAAGUAUAGCAACUUAUCAGACCUUUUCAGUCCAAACAGGCAAUAAUCAACUUAAUCUUAUAAAUUUAUCAUAUAAUGUAAUUAUCUAAUUGUAUUAAUUAAAAAAAACAUUAAACUAACCUAAAAAAUGUUCUUAAAUAAUUUUUUUCCCUUUUUUUAAUAAUUGUUUGUUGUUUCAAAUCAUGGUCAUCUCCCUUUCCAUAUGUGGCUUAGAGUCAUCAAAGUGUUCCUAUAAAAUGUAGGAUAUGCAGAAGUCAGUUCAGAUAUAAUCAGGAACUCAAUCUUUUACUACGUUACUAAGUGUAAUUUAUUCUUUCUAGAAUCAGAUACUCUUUCUAGAAUCAAAUGCCUACUUCUAGAAUCAAAUACCUAUUUCUAGAAUCAAAUACCUAUUUCUAGCUUGUUAAAUAUGAGGAGAAAUAUUUCAAAUAAUUGCCUGUAAAAACCAUUUUAAUUCUUCUUCUCCAGCAAAAUAUAGUGGAGCAGACAAUCCAGACACGUAUGUCUGAUUUUAAUUUUUCUGCAUAUCCAUUUCCUUCUCUUUUACACAUUUGAACAUAUUGCAGUAGUAUGUAAUAAAUCAGACAUAUUCAAAUUAUUUUGAUUUCAAUUGUGUUUUAUUUAUUGAUAUUAUUGCAAACGUUCAGUUAAACCUGUCAAACCUCUCACUAGGAUUUCCUAGGUUUGAAACCUGUCAAAUCUCUCAGUAGGUUUCCCUAGGUUUGAAACCUGUCGAAUCUCUCAGUAGGUUUCAAUAGGUUUGUAGGUUUUCAUUGCUCUUGUUCUUUGCCAUGUCUCUGGUAUUAUUACAAAAAUCUGAGUUGACUCCACAAGUCUUGCUAUUCACUACUCAUUUCAGCCAUGUUUUCCACAACAGACAUAAAUGAUUGGUAAGUCUGUCUGUAUGAUUUUUAAGUGUGUCUUUCAUGAUUUGUUUGUAAGUCUGUCUUACAUGACUGGUAAGUGUGUCUUACAUGACUGGUAAGUGUGUCUUACAUGACUGGUAAGUGUGUCUUACAUCAUUGGUAAGUCUGUAUUACAUGACUUGUAAGUUUGUCUUACAUGACUGUUAAGUUUGUUUUACAUGAUUGGUAAGUCUGUCCUACAUGAUUGGUAAGUCUGUCUAUAUGAUUGUGAAGUCUGUCUUACAUAAUUGGUAAGUGUGUCUUACAUCAUUCUUAAGUCUGUAUUACAUGAUUGUGAAGUCUGUCAUAUAUGAUGUGUAGUAAGUCAGUGUUUUUGAUAAGUCAGGCUUCCAAUAUUAGAUAGAUGGAGGCGCACAUUAGUUUCGGCACCAAAAUUUGGGAGCCAUAGGUUUAUUCAAUUGAUUCAUUAGAAAUAAUACUAUUCAUUAUAGUUAUCAUCAUCAUUCUCAUAAACAUUGCCAGAGGCAAAGAUAAAAAGAAGUUUGAAAACAAACUAAGGUAAUGGUAACAUUUACAUGAUUAUUUUUGUUGGACAGUUUAAAAAAGUAAAAAUUCUGGAACCCUAGGCUUAUUCCAUCCAUCAUGAUUGUGAUCAUAGUCAUAGAUGUUAGCAGUUAAAGGCUUAUUCCAUCCAUCAUGAUUGUGAUCAUAGUCAUAGAUGUUAGCAGUUAAGGCAAUGAUUAUAUUGAUGACAAUGCUGAAAUUUAUUUAAUCUCCAGGAUAUUUGCACAAGCUGCCCUUGAGUUUGAUUACAGAACACUAGCCGAUGACAAGUUGUUGCCUUACUUGUGGCUGUGCUCUCCUAUGUCUCACAUUGAUAAGGUUGGUCAGAAAAUAUUUUUCUUCACUGUUGGGACAAUGGUCCAGUUGACUUUAAAUAUAAAUCUAGUUCAUUACAAAUUUUAGAACCACUCAAGGUUUGUAAGAACAAGUUUAAUGAAAUAGUUUAGCUGGUAUCUUGACUUAUGAUAAUGAUGGGACAUGGGUAUGACUUGCUGGGACUGUAGCCGUCAACCAAUACAAAGGUGACUUACUGGGACUGUAGCUUUUACUCUAAACAACUCAGGACUUGUUGGGAACCUACACAACGGUGACAGUGAAUCUCACAUCUCUGAGACUUGUUGGGAACCUAUACAAUUGUGACAAUGAAUCUCACAUCUCUUAGACUUGUUAGGAACCUAUACAAGUGUGGCAGUGAAUCUCACAUCUCUGAGACUUGUUGGGAACCUAUACAAGUGUGGCAGUGAAUCUUACAUCUCUCAGACUUGUUGGGAACCUAUACAACUGUGACAAUGAGUCUCACAUCUCUCAGACUUGUUGGGAACCUAUACAAGUGUGGCAGUGAAUCUCACUACUCUUGAAAUUCCUUUGCCAAGUCCUGUAGAUCUGUGUGCAUACAUUUUUUUGUCACACACAUUUUAUAGUUACACACAUUUAAUUGGCACACAUCUAGUUUUCGCAUACAUUUUGCUCUAACAUUAUUUGCAAGUUUGUGUUAUGACAGGUUUAAGAUGUUAGGUUUGCUUACAAAUCAUAACAUGACUCUUGGUUCAGGUUUUGUGUUCAGCUAAGAUUGACUUACUGUUAACUUGUGAAAGCUAUGAUUAACUGACUGUUAACUUGUGAAAGCUAUGAUUAACUGACUGUUAACUUGUGAAAGCUAUGAUUAACUGACUGUUAACUUGUGAAAGCUAUGAUUAACUGACUGUUAACUUGUGAAAGCUAUGAUUAACUGACUGUUAACUUGUGAAAGCUAUGAUUAACUGACUGUUAACUUGUGAAAGCUAUGAUUAACACUGUUAACUUGUGAAAGCUGUGUUUUUUUUACUGUUAACUUGUGAAAGAUGUGGUUUACUGACUGUUAACUUGUGAUUUAUUCUUGUCCUUGUAGGUUAAGACACCAAUACUUUUAAUGAUUGGACUAGAUGACAAACGUGUGCCACCUGCCCAAAGCUUUGAGUAUUACAAGGCAUUGAAAGCAAGAAACGUCUCUGUCAGGUUUGUUCAUUAUCUCUCUGUCAUUUUUGUUCAUUAUCUCUGUCAGUUUGUUCAUUGUCUCUCUGUUAUUUUUAUUACCGGUAAUUAUCUUUCAGUUUGUUCAUUAUUUCUGUCAGGUUUGUUCAUUUUCUCUCUGUCAACUUGUUCAUUAUCUCUCUGUCAUUUUUUUUUCAUUAUCUCUCUAUUAGUUUGUUCAUUAUCUCUCUCAGUUUUGUUCAUUAUCUCUGUCAGGUUUGUUCAUUAUCCCUCUGUCAGUUUGUUAAUUAUCUCUCUGUCAGGUUUGUUCAUUAUCUCUCUGUCAGUUUGUUAAUUAUCUCUCUGUCAGGUUUGUUCAUUAUAUCUGUCCGUUUGUUCAUUAUCUCUCUAUCAGUUUGUUCAUUAUCUCUCUGCAAGUUUUGUUCAUUAUCUCUCUCUCAUUUUUGUUAAUUAUCUCUCUAUUAGUUUGUUUAUAAUCUCUGUCAAUUUUGUUCAUUAUCUCUCUGUCAUUUUUGUUCAUUUUCUCUGUCAGUUUGUUCAUUAUCUCUGUCAGGUUUGUUCAUUAUCUCUCUGUCAGGUUGGUUCAUUAUAUCUGUCAGAUUGUUCAUUAUCUGGUUCAUUAUCUCUCUGUCAGGUAGGUUCAUUAUCUCUUUGUCAGGUUGGUUCAUUAUCUCUCUGGCAGGUUGGUUCAUUAUCUCUCUGUCAGGUUGGUUCAUUAUCUCUCUGGCAGGUUGGUUCAUUAUCUCUCUGGCAGGUUGGUUCAUUAUGUCUCUGGCAGGUUGGUUCAUUAUGUCUCUGGCAGGUUGGUUCAUUAUCUCUCUGGCAGGUUGGUUCAUUAUCUCUCUGGCAGGUUGGUUCAUUAUUUCUCUGGCAGGUUGGUUCAUUAACUCUCUGUCAGGUUGCUUCAUUAUCUCUCUGUCAGUUUGUUCAUUAUCUGGUUCAUUAUCUCCUUGUAUGUUGAUUUCUUUCAAUUUCAUGAUUUUUGCAAACGUUGACUGACACUUGAUGCAUAUUUGCAAACAUAACCGUGGUAGUUAAUACCUGUCCAAUUUUGUAUUUCUGUUCUUGUUUUUAAAUUAAUCCUGCCCUAACUGUACUAAUUGGUAUCACUUUCCUAAUUCAUAAUGUUGCCCUAUCUUACCUGUCUAUCACUGUUAUUCAUAAAGUUGAUGAUGAUGAUUGAAUACUUUUAUGGUGCUUGUAUCCAUGUUAUUUUAGCAUGCUCACAGCACUCUGAUGUUCUACAAUCUAUUCAAAUAAAAAAAGUCUUUAAAUGGUUCCUAAAUGACUUUUGAUCAUUUUCAAUUUCCCUCAAAGAUUGAGGCACUCAAAGUACUCAUUUUUUACUUUUACUAUGGUACCUCCAAUAAUGAACUCAAUCCAUUCCACAUGCCAAAACACUACCGAUCUUGUGGGAUUCCGUAUUCAGGCCCAUGUUUCUAUUCAUACCUCAUAGUCUCAUUCCUUAAUGGAGAAAAGAAUUUUCACAAAACUAGUUUUUUAACCAAUUUGUUAGUUAAGGGGGGGGGGGGGCUGGUUUUUUUCCCAAUUUUUUGGGUAAUUGGGGCGUUUGUAACCAGGGUUUCCACUUUUUUUGGUUUUUUUUUUAAUUUUACUCAGGGGAAGGUUUUUUUUCUAUUACUACCUUAUAGUCUUCUUCCUUAAUGGAGAAAAGAAAUUUCAAAAAACUAGUUUUUUAACCAAUUUGUUAGUUAAGGGGGGGGGGGGGCUUGUUUGUUAUCCAAUUUUUUAGGUAACUGGGGCGUUUGUAACCAGGAGUUCCACUUUCUUUAGUUUUUAUUUUAACUCUACCUCAGGGAAAGUUUUUUUAAAAUUUCAAUUUGGUUUCUCAUCUGCUGUAAACCAAAAAACUUGAUUUUCACAAGCAUAAAAUGUUCACAAAAUUCAAGGACAUGUGUUAUCUCUGGCAUUUCCAUAUAGAUUAGUUGGUUGACAAAAAUGGCUGACCUAGCACAGUCAUGAAGAUAAAGCUCCAAGUUUUGUUUCCUACAGGUGUCUGACUUACCCAAAGAAUAAUCACAGCAUAUCAGAUGUAGAUGCUGAAGCUGACUGUAUGGUGAACACCAUUGUUUGGUUCAACAAUCACUUACCAUGAUUGGUCACUUCAACUAUACACAGUGUGUGAUCUGAUAUUUCAAAUAGUAUUUAGUACGGUAAUAAGUUUAUUCAGAAUUAUGGCAGUAUUUUAUUUCCAAAAAUUGCAUUUUAAAAUUUGUCCUUGGCCUCUCUACAAAUGUGGAGCUUGUAUGGGUGAAAAGACAAAUGUUCACAAAGUCUGCUGAUUAUUGUAUAACUUUCACAAGGUUUAAAAAAUUUCUUUUAAUAUAAUUUAUAUUUUUUAUCAAAUUAUGAUUAAAUUUUUGGAUCCAAUAUUCAUUGCAUUGUUGGAACAAAAGCUGAUAAUUGCAUUCGUUGGAACAAAAGAUGUUCAGUGAUUUGCUGGAUUAAAAGAUAUUUAUUAAUCUGUUGGAUGAAAAGAUGAUUAUUGAUUUGCUGGAUAAAAUGAUGAUUACAUUGAUUUGUUGGAUAAAAUGAUGCUUAUCAAAUUGUAUUGACUGCUUUUUGGAUGGGUGGAUCAAAUGAUGAAGAUGGAAUACAGUACUUAAUGCAUCAAAUGAUCAUUAGUGAAUAGUGGGUUCAAAUUAUGUAAUUUAAUAUUUGGAACUAAAAAUGACCAUUUAUAUUUUUACAAAGAAAUAAAAGACUCAUGAAUAAUAGUUUAGUUUGUUUAUCUAGUCUCACAGAACAUCUUCAGUUGGGUUGGCAUGUACCCAGGGGUUGGCAUAUACCGAUCAAGGGGUUGGCAUGUAUCAAGGGAUUGGCAUGCACCAAAGGGUUGGCAUGUACCGAGGGGUUGGCAUGUACCGAGGGGUUGGAAUGUACCAAGGGGUUGGCAUGUUCCUAGUGGUUGGCAUGCACCAAAGGAUCGCCAUGGAUCAAAGGGUUGGUACCUAGAGAUUAUCUCCUAAAUUAGUGGUGGCCAACCCAUAAGAGCUUGCAGGCUUUUUUGAUAGCCUAUAAACCAUUCGCUGCCACAUGCAAUUAAACCUUAUAUUAAAAUAAACACCCAAUAAAAACUGUAUGGAAAUGUAUUCUUAAUGUAUUACACAGAAUAAAAUACUUAAUAACAA